AAAAAAUUAGUUGAAAAAAAACCGUUGAAAAUUAGAUUUUAAAAAAAUGCUUACCAUACUUCUUGUUAUACUAUUUUUAACACUUUUACUAUUAAUGGAGCUCAAAAGACGACAAUUGAGUGUAAUAGUGAAACAUAUUCCAGGUCCAAAAGAGUUACCAAUUUUUGGUAGUCAUUAUGUAUUCAAAAGUGAAGAUAUCACAGAUUUCCAAAAACUUGAUUCUCAGGAUUGUGUAGCUUCAGUUGUAAAAAUAUUUUUGGGACCUAAAUUGCUAUUAGUUGUGAGUGAUCCCGCUGUUUUGCAACAAUUAUUGGGGCAAUGUCAAGAAAAGCCAUAUUUGGUGAAUUUUUUUAAUUUGGAAUUUGGGUUAUUUUCAGCCAAAUAUCCCAUUUGGAAACCUUUACGCAAGGGACUUAGUCCAGCGUUCAGUCAACGAGUUUCUAAUUCGUUUAUACCAAUCUUCGACAAACAUUAUGCAAAUUUGUGCAAAGCUUUUUCUGACAAAUUAGACACUUACGACUUUAAUUUUCACUCGUACGUGCAACGACAAUCUUUUCAUCUAACAUUAGAAACGACGCUAAAUUCAACAUUAACAGACGACUAUAUCGAUCUUCAUUCAUUUGAGGAAGUUGAAGAUAUUAUUGGGCAACGAACGAUGGCAAGUCAUCUUCAUGCUGACUUUAUUUACAAACGAACAAAGAUGUAUAAACGAGAACGUGAGAUCCGAGCUUCUAUUGAAGCUAUGAUAGAUCGCAUAUUGGAAGAUAAGUACUUGAAAAUGAAAGAUGAGGAAUAUUUGACGGAACAGAGUAACUCUCACAUCUUCAUCGAUCAGUUGAUGCAUUUGACGCAAGAUGGAAGAGAAUUAACUCCUCUUGAGAUCCGACAGAAUAUAAUAGCGAUAAUUUUCGCAGGAUAUGAAACAACUGCAGUGACAAUUACUUAUGCGAUUCUCAUGUUAGCGAUGCAUCCAGAGAUCGAAAAGUUGGUAGUUCAAGAAAUUGAUGAGUUCUAUAAGAAAGGAGAUGUCAUAGAUUAUGAUCUCUUGAAGAACUUGAACUAUUUGGAAAUGGUUGUUAAAGAAACUAUGCGACUUUUUCCUUCUGUACCUCUCACAAUUCGCGAAUCUAUUGAAGAUAUGAACUUAGAAGGCGUUGGAAUGAUUCCCAAAGGCGUUACCUUCAUAUGUAGCUUUUAUCGUCUUCAUCGAUGGAAAGACAUUUGGGGUUCAGAUGCCAAUGAAUUCAGACCAGAACGAUUUUCACAGAAGAAAAUGCUAAAAGACAUCCCUUUAGUUUCUUACCUUUUGGUAGUGGCUCGAGAAAUUGUUUGGGCAAUAGAUAUGCUAUGCUAAGUAUCAAAACGGGCCUUCUACAUCUCCUGAGCAACUACAAAUUUAGUACAAAUCUCAAAACCAUGGACGAGAUAAAACUCAAAUUCAGUAUUACCCUCAAGUUGUUGAACACA